AUGAAUACUUUUAAAAUAAACUUAUUGCUUGUGUUCUGGAUUAUAAAAAUUACGGAUGCAACUUUCGAAUCUGAUUUUUGUACACCACAUGGAGAAAAUCCAGUUAUUUGCUCAAGCUUUUUAUUUCGUGAAAGCGAAAUCAUUAACAUAACAUUUGUGUCAAAUUAUUUAAGUCGAUCGGAAUCGAUUAUUUUAAAAAAUGGAGCCAUGCCAAGAUUGCCGAUAAACAUGUUUAUAGCUUUUCCAGAUGUACAAAAUUUAUCGAUAAAUUAUUGCGGUUUAAUAAAUAUAACAAAGGAACUUUUAAAACCAUCAGCACCAACGAAGUUUGAAAUUUUAAAUUUGGCGAAUAAUUACAUUGAAUUAAUACCUCAAAACGCUUUUGAAUACGUAAAAUAUCUUAAAAUGUUGAUUUUAACUAAAAAUCGAAUUGUAUACUUGGAUGAAAAUGUAUUUGAAAAAUUAUCUUUAAUUGAACAUAUUGACAUUAGCUAUAAUUUUCUUAAAAGGAUUUCAAUCGACCACUUUAAAUAUUUAAAAAUGAAAAAUUUGCAAAAUCUAGACUUAUCCUAUAAUAAUUUGAAGGAACUUGAUUUAGAUUUGUUUGAUUAUCUUACAAAGUUAAAAUUUUUCAAUAUAUCACAUAACGCAUUGCGAAUCCGAUAUACUACACCACUAAGAAAUGAUUUCAAUGUAACAUACGCUCAAAAACAGUUGAUUUCUGAAAAACAUUAUGAUUUUACCUCAACAUAG